UAGCGCUGGUGCAACGCCUAUCAGGUGAUUGCAUACAGGUAAGUAAUAGAUAUAGGUAUACUUGGUCAUGAAAAUACAUUUCAGAGAAACAGACCAGGAAUAUGGGAAGUACAUGUAAUUACUCUUACGCUUUACGGUGCUACUACAUAAGAACAAUAUUGCAUUUGAGCUUUGUGCUUUAUAUUUCGAAUUACUACAACGUAGAACGAACGUAGAGGUUAUCUAGCAGGUCAUGAGCUGUAGUAAAACUUGGUAACCAAUCACAACAUGACCUGCAUCGCUCACGCGCACACGUCUCUGCGGUGAUUGGCUAGACGUAAAUUAUGAAACCCACGUAGUAUACUCAGUAGUGAUACUUCUGUCGUGCUGUCAUACUUACUGCAACGGUGAUGAGACAGAACCACACCGAUAUGGACUGCUCUACGUGGAUAAAACAAGAACCUCUGUCUCCUAUUAAGAGGAGCUGUUCAAAAGCUUCCUCGUCAACCACCAUUGGUCCAGAUAUACCAGUGGAACCUGGGGACGACCACUUCCAACAGGCUGCCUCAGACGCCCUCGCUGCUGGUAAACUCCUUCCUCUGAUAAAGAAAGAGCUCAAAUACACAAUACUGAAUCGUCGAUUUGCCCAAGGACAAGCCGAUAUUGUCUUGCAGGAUCCACCUAAACCUAAAGUUAAACAGGAUCUCACAGCAGCGGAGCUACAAAGGAAAUCCCGUCGCCGGGAACAGAACAGACGAGCUGCCACGAAAUGUCGUCACAAGAAGAAGGGCGUCGAGGAAAGUCUUAUCACGACCUUCUUUAAGGAGCAAAAUAAGCAUGACACCCUUAAAGAUCAGAUAAAAUCGCUCAUGUCUCAGAGAGACAUGCUGGAGAAGGUUCUAGAGGGACACUCACGUUCCCGCGUGUGUGCAUUACUUCCUCUUCCUGACACCUCGUACACACCGCCACUGUCUGCGCAACUCCCUCCUGUCUUUCACGAUCCAAAUGCCGGAAGUGCAACAUCUCCGAGUUUAUACGGAGGAGACAUUUUUACAUUCGAUGUUCAAAGCAACAAUAAGCCGUGCACCAUGACGUCAGCUUCAUGUACCUCCUUCAUAAGUCAGACACCCGGACAGACCAGUGGAUAUCCUCAGUAUUCUUCGAACACCUUUCCUUCAUACGAAGAGCCCAUGUCUUUGCCAAUCACGCCACCAGCUGACGACACCUCACAUGAGUUCGGUUGGGCUGAAAACUUUUUCAAUAUAUCCGAACUGCUGAACAGUGAGCUCCCACUGGAGAUUCCGGUCCUCAAUUCUGAUGAUCUCAACAACCUAGAACCACCUGGCCUAUAGGUCGUGCCUUUGUCAAUACGUUUAUUCACUUUAAUCCAACGUUACUUGUCCAGUCAUGUAAAUACGCCAAAUAAUUGUUCGUCUUUCUCCACGUCAUCAGAUAAGUCAGUUUUAUUGAAACUAUGCAUCGUUCUCCACUUCAUCAGCUUCGUUUUUUGAGCAUGAUCUACACUCAGGGUAUGAGUUGAGAUUUUGGUGACCUUCGUUCCAGCCAAUCAUCGAAGCUCUUCGAAAUGUCCGGUAUGUUGCCGUUUCCACUCUUUGUGGCUAGAGCAUUGGCCACUCGAACGUAAGCACCCGGUGAGAAUACAUCACGUGAAAAGCUUCGUGUAGCGAAGUUUGCACGUGCUACAUUUUUAUAGUUGGUGUACCCUCCUUGGCGACCACUGAUGGAGUCAUAUAUUUUCAUUAUGUUUUAAUAUGAUGGAGACAUGUUUUAAUUUCAUUAUGUUUUAAUAUGAUGGAGACAUGUUAUAAUUUCAUUAUGUUUUGAUAUGAUAAAGACAUGUUAUAUUUGUAUUAUACUUUGAUAUGGAAAAUGAUCUGUACAAACAAGCGUUGAUACAGAAUGACAUUUCACAGAGACAGGUGUUCGCUAGUGCGGGUAACCGAGGGUCAUGUCGUCACAAAGUCCAGCAUUCGAUUGAUAGUCCAGGUGACAAGACUCUCGGACGGUACGUUUUAGACUGUGUUCUGUAGUCGCGUGAAAUUCCAAUUUAUUACACGUACGUUUUACGAUCUGCAAUAAUUGGUAUUUUGGUUGUGUUCAAACCUACCGGAUAGUGACGUAGUUUUACGACUUGUGUGGGGCUCGGGUCUACAAUCAUGUGACCCUAUACAGGAUUAAGAAUUGGUUUUACACUGUGCGUUGUUAAGACUUUGAAUGAUCUCAAUGAACUGUUAAUGUUAUUGUUGUUACGGGAAUUGCAGUUCACCGGCAUCACCGCUGUAAAGGGAACAUGGUGUACUAGUUAUGUACCAUAGGUCACCGUAGAGUGCACUUGACGUCAAUAUUUCAGUUUAUCUUAUGUUUUGAAAGUCGUACAUGUAUAUGCACACACUAACUCGCGCAAACGUUAUCGAUAAAACCAUAUACUCACGUUACAUUUAUCUCAUGUUAACGAUUUCAGCAUGUCUGACAUGUUAUGGAUGAUACAAAAACCGCAGUCUUUACGGCGACGUUCUACCACCAAAUUUACUUAUGAAAUGUAGACUUUGGCCAGUUUUUAAUGUUGGUGGUGCAGGUGAACUGGGUGACCUCUUUUAGAGACCUCGAAAUAAAGUGAUGCAGCUUUCAUCAUAGAAUGAUUAUAUUUUUGCCAGAUCCCACCAUCAUUGUGAUUUAGAAUGUCAUUUGUUAUGUACUUUCUUCAAGAAAAUAUUGGUCUCAUCAAUUUGUGUUUUAUAGUUGUACUUUAUUUUGUAUUAUAAGAAUUGUACAUUAUUUUGGAUGACUAUAAAGAUAUACAUGAAUAGUUUGCGCAAAAUAAUUUGUUUUGUAUCAGAAAGAAUUUAUGUAAUAUUAUGAUUUACUCAGAUAUUUACUUUAUUAUGAAUUCAAAACAAUCGUUACUUUAUGAAUCUGUAUCAAUUCAGAGACAAAUAAAAGGUUUUAUUGCA